CGACAGCGCCCUUCCCAAUCUCGCUUCCGCCUGUUUAUAGCCUCGCUCCCGGCAUCCUUUGCCCUCUUCUACCAGCUCGGUCCAACAUGGGACGCGUCCGAACUAAGACCGUAAAGAAGGCCGCUCGGGUCAUCAUUGAAAAGUACUACACCCGGCUGGGCAAUGACUUUCACAGCAACAAGCGCGUGUGUGAGGAGAUCGCCAUCAUCCCUAGCAAAAAGCUGCGCAACAAGAUCGCUGGGUAUGUCACACAUCUAAUGAAGCGCAUCCAGAGAGGCCCCGUCAGAGGCAUCUCUAUCAAACUGCAGGAGGAGGAGAGGGAGAGAAGGGAUAACUAUGUCCCCGAGGUGUCUGCCCUAGACCAAGAGAUCAUUGAGGUUGACCCUGACACCAAGGAAAUGCUGAAGUUGCUGGACUUUGGCGGACUAUCCAACCUGCAAGUGACCCAGCCUACUGUUGGGAUGAACUUCAAAACGCCACGGGGGGGUGGUGUUUAAUUGUUUGUAUUAUACAAUUUCCAAUAAACUUGGAGACCAAA